UAAUAAUAGUAUAGUGAUGCUAUCAUCAAUUAUCAAUAUGCCGUAACUGGUUGUUUGGCUGGAUAAGGCUCAAAGAUCUACCUUAAAACAGGUGCUGCUUAUUUGAUUCAUAAAUAUCUGUGUUGUAGAAGAAGCUGUCUCCAUCAGUCCAUGUGACCAUGGAUCCUACAGGGAUGAAAGAUGUAGAGAUAUCCAAGAUGGAUGAUAAAAACCAAGGGGAGACAACCAACGAUGGGGAAUCAACUUUAGUGACAGACUUCAUCCCAGCUUCUACCUCAGCCAUGCUUCCCUCAACUGAUCAGACACUGAGUCAUAUAGAUGCCAUGUCUCAAGUACAGGGAGUGAUGGCCAAUCUCAUAACAGAAGACCCUUUGCUGUCUGACCUUCCACCUCAGGUGACCUUAGAAGAAGUAAAUUCCUGUAUAGCCCUGGAAUAUGGACAAGCAAUGGUGGUGAAUGUAAGGCGGGCCGAUGACGAGGUUAUGGCGGUAGUGGUCACCCAGAAUGCAACAGUGUUGGAUUUGAAGCAUUCCAUCAAGCGCUACAUUAUUUUGAGGCAGACACGAAAUGGAGGGAAGCAGCACAUCAGCUGGAAAUAUAUUUGGAAGCGGUACUGGUUAUACUUCAACUCUCAGAAACUAUCAGAUGACAGAAAAACUUUAAAACAAUACCAGAUAAGAAAUAAGGAUGAGGUGACAUUCAUGAAGAAAUUGAAGGAACGCUGAUUACAACUUGCCUAGUAUGUGUAUGUAAUGUUACUUCAUGUAGGACUGGACUAACAUUUAACCAACAAGCUGGGUCAGAGAUGUUCUGUAGGGAUAUGUGGGCCCUGAUGACCUGUUCAUAUCAUAGGCGUUCAGAGACCUGUACACAUCGAAAGGCGUUCAGAGACCUGUACAUACUGAAGGCGUUCAGAGACCUGUACAUACUGAAGGCGUUCAGAGACCUGUACAUACUGAAGGCGUUCAGAGACCUGUACGCAUCGAGAGGCCUUCAGAGACCUGUAUACAACGGAAGGCGUUCAGAGACCUGUACACACUGAAGGUGUUCAGAGACCUAUAUACACUGAAUUUGUUCAGAGAUCUAUAUACAUCGGAAGGUGUUCAGAGACCUGUACACACUGAAGGUGUUCAGAGACCUAUAUACACUGAAUUUGUUCAGCGAUCUAUAUACAUCAGAAGGUGUUCAGAGGCUUAUAUACAACAGAAGGCGUUCAAAGACCUGUACAUACUAAAUGUGUUCAGAGAUCUAUACACAUUGAAAGGUGUUCACAGAUCUAUACACAUCGAAAGGUGUUCAGAGAUCUAUAUACAAAUGUACAUCGGAAGGUGUUCAGAGAUCUAUAUACAUCGGAAGGUGUUCAGAGACCUGUACAUACUAAAUGUGUUCAGAGAUCUCACAUCUGAAAGUGUUCAGAGAUCUAUACACAGCGGAAGGUGUUCAUAAUAUCUGUUCACAUGAAGGUGUUCAAAGACCUGUACCCACUUUUUAAGUAUUUAAUGUAACAGUGUAUACAGUGGUAUUCAAUUAAUAUUUUUACACAGAGGGAAUAGUUGGAUCUCUGGGAUCCUUGAUAGAGGACCAGAAAACAUUGUGAGCAUUAUAAUCUGUCAAUCAACUUUAACUAUUAAAGAUGUACAGAUCAAAAUA